AUGGAUGGUGAGAUUGCACAGCCUCUACUGACCAGAACGGUGUCUAGUUCAAACAAGCAGACAAAUGCCGAUAAAAUCAAUCAACAUUAUUUGUCCAUCAGCCAUUCAGACGUUGGAGAAUAUAGAGAGGAACCCAAUGAUGACGAACAAGGAGACCUUGAUGACGAGACUACUCCUUUGUCCCGCAUUCCGCAUUUAUGGCUCAUUGAAGCAGCGUUGUACACAAACGUUUUUUUAUCAGGUUUCGACAGCACCGUUACGGCAUCUACAUACCAAACCAUUGGAAAUGAGUUCAAUCAUAUGGACCUUUCUAGUUGGAUCACGGCUUCCUAUUUGAUUACUUCCACAUCAUUUCAGCCAUUAUAUGGGUCAUUCUCUGAUGUUUUGGGUCGGCGAAAAUGUCUAUUCUUUGCAAGCAUGAUUUUUUCGAUAGGUUGUUUGGGCUGUGGCAUUUCAAUUAAUAUCCUUUGGUUAAGUUUUAUGAGGGCUUUCACUGGUAUAGGUGGUGGCGGUUUGAUCACAUUGUCUACCAUUGUCAAUUCGGACAUGAUACCAACUUCUAAAAGAGGGAUUUUCCAAGCUUUUCAGAACUUGCUCCUGGGGUUAGGUGCUAUUUGUGGAGCUUCAUUUGGGGGUGUGAUAACCUCUUCCAUCGGUUGGAGAUGGUGUUUUCUAUUACAGGUUCCGAUUUCUCUAGCCGGCGCUUUAAUUGGUCACCUUUAUGUCAGAAACCAGGAUGAAUACGAAAGGAGAAAAUCAAAGGAGUCUUCUCAGACUAAAGAGAUGCUUAAGCAUAUCGAUUUCUCAGGUGCGUUUUUGAUCAUCAUCGGAUUGACAUUACAGUUAGUCUACUUGAGUCUUGGAAGUGCUGCAGAUGAAUCUGGAAACACUUGGAGUAGCCCGGGAUUAUCUGCCGUAUUGGUAGCUAGCUUUAUCGUUUUGGUAUUGUUUGUUCUUACGGAAGAAAGAACCAGUGCCAGGGCCAUUAUUCCUUCGAAAUUAGUCAGGAGUUUAUUCAGUUUUCUGGUGUUAACAAUAAGCGUCCUCGUUGGGUUUGCAAGUUAUGCGUACCUUUUCACCUUACCUUUAUUUUUCCAGGUUAUUCUUGGCGAUUCGACUGCAAAAGCAGGCUUAAGGUUAGCUAUUCCAUCAGUUUUCACACCAGUCGGUGGACUUAUUGCUGGCAUUUGCAUGAGUAAGUUUAAUUGUUUGCAAACAUUGCUGUAUGUCGGAAUCGCUUUUAUGUGUUUGGGGAACUUUUUAUUCUUAUACAUAGGAGCCGACGCUACGGAUUCGCUAAUAGGCUUCUUCUUGAUUCCAGCAAAUCUGGGACAAGGUAUAACUUUCCCCAGCAGUUUGUUCACUUUCAUUUUCGCCUUUUCGAAAAUCGACCAAGCUACUGCCACUUCGACGCUUUAUUUAUUCAGGAGUAUCGGAUCAGUUUGGGGAGUAACAGGCUCAGCUGGGAUUGUUCAAUUCUGUUUUAGUCACCACUUGGAAAAGGCCCUGGAAGGAUUAUUGGAUGAAAGAAAGAUAAGGAAGUUGAUAAAAAAGAUUACUUCUAAUACUUCGUACAUCAAGGAGCUUGAGGGGCCAGUAAAGGUGGCGGUGAUCGAAAGUUUCGACACAGCAACUAAAAAGGUUCACCUAAUCUCUACUUCUUUUUGCCUGGUUGCACUUAUCUUGUGCGUAAUUAAGGACGUUUUCAAACCUAAAACCACUAAAUCGUAA